AUGAGAAGAGCAAAGCAUGUCACGGAAGCUGUUCUACGCUGUGUGAUUCUACUCAUCAUCCAGAGUACAGAAAGUAGGUUUCCAACUGAUGUCAUAAAGUCUCAUACCAUUGAGCGUAGGUUUUUUCUUUAUUUGUAUUAUUGACACAGAACAGGCAAUAACACACACCAAACACACACUCCCAUCAUUCUAGACCUUGUCCUUUCAGGAAACAACAAGGCACACACAUCAGCUCAGUAUGUUCACUAUGUUUUGAGACAUGCUGAGCAUGCACAAGCAUCUGGAAUGUCUUAAAUAAGUGUAUGAACAGAGUCAAUGCUUUUGGCUUAUUAUUCUAAUACAAUAUUCACCAGGUAGCUUCAGUCUAGACUGGACCCAGAUCUGUAUGUGCUUUAGCCAUCUCCUCUGACUAUGGCUGCCCAAAUGGGCGUAAGGUCAAAUAUAUUUUUACAAUAGCCACACACAAAUUUCUGCAUCAAUAGGAGAUCAUAGUUCAUAAGCACAGCUAUAUACAAAGAAGUAUCUUAUUUGUGUAUGUUUAGGUACCAUCUCUGUCGAUUUAGAGUUAAAGCAUCUAUUCUACAGGCACAAAAAAAACAUUCAAAAAGAUACCUAUGUUUUCUCUCCAGGUAUACGGGUGAUUGGAGGAAGCAGCACUGUGGUACAGGGAGAGGAUGUGGACUUAUCCUGCAGACUGCUAGAGACAGACGAGGAGGUUGAACAGAUAACAUGGCAGAAAAGUACUCUGGAAGAACCAGAGAACCAUAAUUUCUUGCUUAUUUUUCCCAAUGGGGUUACUGAUUUUAUUGCAUCAAAUGGACUGGCAGGUAGAGUCCAGUUUAUUGGGAACUCAAAAGAAAACCUUGGAUCUAUUCGAAUAACAGCUGCCAGACUGUUGGAUGAAGGCACCUUCACAUGCAUCUUCAGUGUUUUCCCCAGUGGAGCAUACAAUACAGAGAUAACUCUUACUGUGCUAGGUAAGAACACUUCCUUCAGUCUUUGCCUCACUGUUUCUACUUUUGACAUUGUAGAAAGAGUGUGUGAAAUAUCAAUACCAGAAAGUGGGUAGGGUUUGUUGUGGAAAUUCAACAGAGGGACACUCAAAGUCAAUAUUAAAUGAAUCAUCUUUAUUGUCAGCCAGCUGGAGAGGUCACAGUCAAACUUGGAUGCAUAAAGUUGGAUUGGUUCCUACAUGUGACUGGCUCGGUCUCCUAUCUUAACUUAUAUAACAUAUUCUGGGCAUUCUGACAGAUGGUCCUAAGGAGGGGGUCAGACUAUACAUUUCCUCCACAGGUUCAUUAUUAAAGUGAAGUAAGAGCAGAGACUUGAUCUACACAUUUCUGUGAUUUGUUUUCAAAACCAAUAUCCUCUUACUUACCACCGAAGUUGUAACGAGAGCACAUCAACUCUCAAUAUACUCAGUGGUCAGUUUAUUAGGUACAUCCAUCUAGUACCGGGUCAGACCCCCUUUGCCUCCAGAACAGCCUGAAGUCUUUGGAGAAUGGAAACGUUUCUCAAUUGGUAUCAAUUGGCAGAAUGGGGCCAUGGACUCCUGCUCUUUAUGCCAAAUUCUGACUCUUCCAUCAGCAUGAAGCAACAGGAACCAGGGUUUUCCACUCCUCAAUUGUCCAGUGUUGGUGUGGUCAUCUGCUGCACUACCCCAUCCGUGACAAGGACCAAUGAGUUGUGCAUUCAAAGAUGCCGAUCUGCACACCACUGUUGUACUGCGCCGUUAUUUGCCCGUUUGUGGCCCGCCUGUUAGCUUGCAGGAUUCUUGCCAUUCUCCUUCGACCGCUCAUCAACGAGCUGUUGUCGCCCACUGGACUGCCGCUGACUGGAUGUUUUUUGUUGAUCGCACCAUUCUCGGUAAACCCUAGACACUGUCGUGGGUGAAAAGCCCAGGAGGCCAGCAGUUUCUGAGAUACUGGAACCGGCAUGCCUGGCACCGCCGAUCCUACCACGCUCAAAGUUGCUUAGGUCACUCGUUUUGUCCAUUCUAACAUUCAAUCGAACAGUGACUGAAUGCCUCAACGCCUGUCUGCCUGCUUUAUAUAGCAAGCCACGGCCACGUAACUCACUGUCUGUAGGAGCUAACCAUUUUCGUGAACAGGGUGGUGUACCUAAUAAACUGGCCAGUGAAUGUACAUCUAGGUUGUUUUUUUAAGCAUCGGCAGGACUGAUCAACAUCCUCUGGUAAACUCAUGGUGGAGGUGAUUGUAUAUUACAGUUUCUUUCAAUCACUUUGGCUCAUUUAGUUUUCUUUGGCUCGCAUGACUGUCAGUCACUUUGGAUAAAAGUGUCUGCUAAACAACAUAUACAGUGGGGAGAACAAGUAUUUGAUACACUGCCGAUUUUGCAGGUUUUCCUACUUACAAAGCAUGUAGAGGUCUGUCAUUUUUAUCAUAGGUACACUUCAACUGUGAGAGAUGGAAUCUAAAACAAAAAUCCAGAAAAUCACAAUGUAUGAUUUUUAAGGAAUGAAUUUGCAUUUUAUUGCAUGACAUAAGUAUUUGAUACAUCAGAAAAGCAGAACUUAAUAUUUGGUACAGAAACCUUUGUUUGCAAUUACAGAGAUCAUACGUUUCCUGUAGGUCGUGACCAGGUUUGCACACACUGCAGCAGGGAUUUUGUCCCACUCCUCCAUACAGACCUUCUCCAGAUCCUUCAGGUUUUGGGGCUGUCGCUGGGCAAUACGGACUUUCAGCUCCCUCCAUUGGGUUCAGGUCUGGAGACUGGCUAGGCCACUCCAGGACCUUGAGAUGCUUCUUACGGAGCCACUCCUUAGUUGCCCUGGCUGUGUGUUUCGGGUCGUUGUCAUGCUGGAAGACCCAGCCACGACCCAUCUUCAAUGCUCUUACUGAGGGAAGGAGGUUGUUGGCCAAGAUCUCGCGAUACAUGGCCCCAUCCAUCAUCCCCUCAAUACGGUGCAGUCGUCCUGUCCCCUUUGCAGAAAAGCAUCCUCAAAGAAUGAUGUUUCCACCUCCAUGCUUCACGGUUGGGAUGGUGUUCUUGGGGUUGUACUCAUCCUUCUUCUUCCUCCAAACACGGCGAGUGGAGUUUAGACCAAAAAGCUCUACUUUUGUCUCAUCAGACCACAUGACCUUCUCCCAUUCCUCCUCUGGAUCAUCCAGAUGGUCAUUGUUAAACUUCAGACGGGCCUGGACAUGCGCUGGCUUGAGCAGGGGGACCUUGCGUGCGCUGCAGGAUUUUAAUCCAUGACGGCGUAGUGUGUUACUAAUGGUUUUCUUUGAGACUGUGGUCCCAGCUCUCUUCAGGUCAUUGACCAGGUCCUGCCGUGUAGUUCUGGGCUGAUCCCUCACCUUCCUCAUAAUCAUUGAUGCCCCACGAGGUGACAUCUUGCAUGGAGCCCCAGACCGAGGGUGAUUACUCCGUCAUCUUGAACUUCUUCCAUUUUCUAAUAAUUGCGCCAACAGUUGUUGCCUUCUCACCAAGCUGCUUGCCUAUUGUCCUGUAGCCCAUCCCAGCCUUGUGCAGGUCUACAAUUUUAUCCCUGAUGUCCUUACACAGCUGUCUGUUCUUGGCCAUUGUGGAGAGGUUGGAGUCUGUUUGAUUGAGUGUGUGGACAGGUGUCUUUUAUACAGGUAACGAGUUCAAACAGGUGCAGUUAAUACAGGUAAUGAGUGGGGAACAGGAGGGCUUCUUAAAGAAAAACUAACAGGUCUGUGAGAGACGGAAUUCUUACUGGUUGGUAGGUGAUCAAAUACUUAUGUCAUGCAAUAAAAUGCAAAUUAAUUACUUAAAAAUCAUACAAUGUGAUUUUUUGGAUUUUUGUUUUAAAUUCCGUCUCUCACAGUUGAAGUGUACCUAUGAUAAAAAUUACAGACCUCUACAUGCUUUGUAAGUAGGAAAACCUGUAAAAUCGGCAGUGUAUCAAAUACUUGUUCUCCCCACUGUGUGUGUAUAUAUAUAUAUAUAUAAAUAUACUUUUUUCAGAUGUAAGUGGUAUAUCUACAAAAGUCUAAGUUCAAAACUCUAAGCUGAUAACACUUGUAAUGCCCCUAUUUUAUGUUCAGAACCUUGAAUUAUGCAUUUAUUUUUGUUGAACACAUCUUUUACCCCUGAGUCAUUCAUUUUCUAUGAAAUACCACGAGAACGUUUUGUUUAGUCACCAAUAUAUCAGAUAAUGAUAGGCUCACUGCAAAAGAUACAAGAUGCACAUUUCAAAACUGUUAUUUAUGAAGUGCUGAGUAGCAAGAAUAGUAUAUAGUAAAUAUAAUUUUCAAUACAGUAUUUGACUAACCUGGCAUGCAAAACCAAAUUUGCAUACCAAUUUUAUUUCUAGCACUUUGGUGCAAUUUUCAAGUAUGUAGUACAACUCUUAGCACACAAAUCUAAACAGAUCAUCAAAAUGGCUUAGAAUUCUAUACUUUUAGAUCAAAUCAAUAAAAUAACAUUUUAUUUGUCACAUACUUCGUAACCAACAGGUGUAGACUAACAGUGAAAUGCUUACUUACGGGCCCUUCCCAAGAAUGCAGAGAAAAAUUUAAUAGAGAAAUAAUAGAAAAGUAGUAACACGUAAUAAUAAAAAUUAUAAUAAAUACACAAUGAGUAACAAUAACUUGGCUAUAUACACAGGGCACCAGUACUGAGUUGAUGUGCAGGAGUAUGAUGUAAUUGAGGUAGAUAUGUACAUAUAACUAGGAAUAAAGUGACUAGGCAACAGGAUAGAUUAAUAAAAAGCAUAAGUGAUGAGUCAAAAAAGUUGGUGCAAAAAGGGUCAAUGCAAAUACUCCGGGUAGCUAUUUGGUUAACUAUUUAACUAACUAUUUAGUAGUCUUAUGGCUUGGGGGUAGAAGCUGUUCAGGGUCCUGUUGAUUCCAGAAUUGUUGUGCGGUAGCAGAGAGAACAGUCUAUGACUUAGGUGGCUGGAGUCUUUGACAAAUUUUAGGGCCUUACUCUGACACCGGCUGUUAUAGAGGUCCUGGAUGGCAGGGAGCUCGGCCCAGUGCUACCCUCUGUAGCACCUUGUGGUUAGAUGCCAAGAAGUUGCCAUACCAAGCGGUGAUGCAGCCAGUCAAGAUGCUCUCAAUGGUGCAGCUGUAUAACACUUUUACAGGUGUUACCAGUUUGGAGUUUUGUACUUUUCUGUGGAAAUGAAACAUGCUUUUUGUGUGUCUUUAGCUAGGUUUCCAUCCAAUUGGCGACAGAUUUUCAUGUGAAUAUUUUAGAAUCAGCAUAAAGAAAAUGUGAAUUUUCCCACCAGUGGGAUGUUUCCACCAAAUUGGCAUGUUGCGGAUAAAAAUCAGUGCGUGAUGAUAAAGUGCACACAAAAUGUACUUGUUCGCUUAAGUUUUCAUGUAUCUAAUAAAAAUCUAGUUACAUUUGUUUCCAUCGCAUUUUCAACUCUACCGAUAGUUUUGUCAGAAAAACUGUUGAGUUAAAUAGCAAAUGUGCCUACUCUGGUCUUGGCACCUGCGCUCUACCUCACAGCUUGCCGAUACAGUGCGGGUAGGCAGUGCGGGUUGUCUAGUUUACAUGAUGAGAUUAUUAUGGAUAAGAGCGAGAAUAUUUGUAUUUGUCGAAAGGCAGUCAAGCAUCGAUCAUCAUGUCACCAGAAUAAGAUCAUUGAUAUUUAUCGAAAAUCAGCAUCAAGCUCAUCACUGUGCACUUUCACCACCCUGUGAAGUUCAUCAUAACUUAUUUAAUCUGUAGCCUAAUAAACUGAAUGGCUUCCCGAGUCGUAGUGGGAGGAAAACACACCAUAUCAUCGCUUGACUCCAAAUGGACUAUUGACUUCGAUAUAAUGGUUAUUAUAUCAAUAUUUGUGCAUAAAUGCAUUUCCACAAUUAAUUUUUCCGACAUAAAAAGAUCCCACCAUGUCGAACAAAGAAAUGAUCUGUCGCAUUUACACUGUAACUUCCAGUUUCUAUCACAGCUGACAUGAUUUUUUUUUAUAAGAUAUGACCGUAUUCGCAUAAAAACAGUGGCUAGAAACGUGGUUUGUUCUGGACCUGUUAGUUGUUUUAGCACCCUUUAGUGGUAGUUUAAGUGCAGCAGCGCAGAAUUGACCUGUUUGUGACAGGAAGCAGUUCCAGAAGUGAAGCAAUUUGUAAUAUGUGCACGUGUGACAGAGUAGUUACAAUCCUUCUUUAUAAGCUUUGUAAGACGCAAUGUCUGUAAGUACAUUUGUUUAUUAACAUGACAAAUGUUUAUCGACCAUUGUUUUGAUGUUUCUGUAAGUCUCUGUAAAUAAUUUUGUUAGCUUUUAGCUACUUAGCAUCAGCUUCUGUGCUGUUUCUCCAUAGGGAUACCUAGCUUAGCAAUAUCAAGCAUACAUCUGCAUUUAUUGACUUUAUUUCAUACAUUUAGUGCAGUUAUUGUGUAAGAAAUUCUGUACUCUGUCUCUGUAACUGAAACAUGACCUUUUGCGUUUGUUGCAGUUUCACACUGUUAUUCAAGUAAACUUCCAAAACGGCACCCUGCUUCUCAUGGAGUUAUUUGAAUGACUGUUUAGCUAACUGGAUAGCUGGAUAAGAGCUACUGUACAAUUAGCGAGUCCAGUAUAUGGUUAGUGAAACUUAAUACCUCAGGUGGAGGUACCUCACACCAGAAGGUGAGCUAAAACCGGAUUUGCCCAAACCUCAAAUACUGUACAGUAAAUCUGUAGAUACUAAUGAUGCCUAUUGCAACAUGAGCAUUUGAAUAAGUUUCACAUGGCUGGCUGUGUUUGUUUUUUCACUGAAAUGUACAAUUAAUGACUAGUUAAUAUUUUCUGUUCUCUAUUUGUUUGUUUGUUUGUUUGUUUGUUUGCUGGUCAUAGUUCCUCCAGUGGUGAGUGUUACAGUUGGUGUCCCUCCUGUCGUUGGGGAGAAUGAGGUUUUCUUUGCAACCUGUUUGGCUGCUGGUGCCAAGCCACAGGCAGAAGUGAGGUGGAACACGGAUGCAUUCGGCAGUUUAUUGAGGACAGUGACCAACUCCACCCAGCACGCCAACGGCACCACCACGGUAGUCAGCCACCUGCUCGGGGUGCCAACCAGAGCAGCCAAUCAGCAGCAGGUUCAGUGUGUGGUCAACCAGUCUGCCAUGACAACAGAGAGGACCCUGACCUACACAAUCGACAUCCACUGUAAGUAUAGACCCUCUGCCUUCACUGGCUGUGGGCCUAGUAGCCCCUCUAACCAGUCUCUGUGU